AUGGAUAAAAUGUUGAAGGACCAUUCGUCUAAGCAAGCUGUUCGAAAGGAAAUGCAGGGUAAGUUCAUUUAUAUUUUUUGAUGCAAGGUUUUAAUGGAAUAUCAAAUUUUUUGUUGGUUUUGAUGGAUUUCUUUCAGAAAAAAGAAAAUCAGAAGCUGUUGUAAGUGCUCAGGGAUUCACACACACAAUUGUUGACCACUUGAACGACAAGUAAGUGGUUUUUCGGACUGUUUUCUUUAAUUUUUAGGUAUUUAUUUGAUUUUGAUACCUAAAACCUGAGAAGCCAACUCUCUCCGGUUUGAAAUUGACGUGCUCUUCCUUACAGAGUAGCCAGAGCCUAUCAUAAUCAAAAACGACUAGAUGUGGAGGCAAAGAAACUGCAGAACAAUUCCGAAAGCCUUCAAAAGAUUGCGGCUGAAUGGAUUGAAAAUAUCGACAAUUUCUCCUAUUCCUUAAAGGUUCUUGGCAAUGUGGAAACGUUUGCCAGAGCAAUUGAGAAGGAGUGCACAAUAAUUGCGAAGACAUUGGAGGAGACGCAUAGAGGUAAAGAGGAAAUUCCCGAUUAGCUGCAACUACCUAGGACAAUAUCUGUAAAUAACUGCUUAAUAAACGCUAAGCUUUAUAAAACACUCGUAUACCUGUCCGAACUCAUUUUUUCGAUUAACACGCUUUAAACUAACCGUAAAUUUUAUCUUCAUGUUGAAAUUGUUAUAAAAUUAGUUACAAAAUUCAUAUUUUACAGAGAAAGUCGGUAAUCUGGAAUAA